AUGGAUCCUAUAUAUCAGCCAUUAGAAGACAAUGAAGGGUCUUCCCAGAAUAUGGCUCUCGAAUUGAUGCAACAGUCGGAAAUGCUGGAUGCUAAUCAAGUCAAUGCAGUGUAUGCAGAGAAAAUAAGACACAAGCCGCUUUUAUUGAUUCCAAGUAUGGCUAAUAAGGGAUCACAAGCCUCAUCUCGAGAUGAGUCUUCUUCUUCAAAGAAAAAACAGAAAGGUCGAUUGUCCCACGCCGAACGACGUAGACUGGGAUUGACACAAAUACCGAAGAAAAUGGACUAUCAAAAACUCUUACAACUGCAUAAACUUUGGCUGGGUUAUGUACAAGAGGCGUUCACAAAAGCCUAUGGAGAAGCACUGUUGACGAAGUUACUCAAAGCAGAGUAUCAAGGUGCUAUCCUUCGAGUACAAAGAAGUAAAUGCCCUUCAAAGGUUGGCAUUGAGGGAAUUUGUGUUCUUGAAACAAAGAAUACUUUUGUCUUAGUAACUGAGGAAAACCGUGUCCUUCGUAUUUCAAAACAUGAUUGUAUUUUUGAGUUGGGAUUCGAAUUGGAUGGAAAGAAACAUCUCUUUGAGUUGCAUAGUAGGCAAGUUGUUAACCGGCCAGCCGAUCGCUCAAGCAAACGAUACAAAAUCCUCGGUUCCCUUGAUCUUUAG